GGAAGAUGAGUUACAGCAAUGUUUUGUAAUAUUUGUAUUGCCUACGAACACCUGUGCGUUGAGUGAAAUCUAUGUGUAGUUUAAAUUAUAUGAAAUAAGGAAGGAUUAAUUGAGGUUUUUUGAACGGCAAAAAUGGCCGAAGGAAAAUCUCGACCUAGUCUUCCUAUAAACAAACCGGAAAAUAGAGAUGCACCUUUGAGGCACGCUCACUCACAAGGCUCCAUUGAUAGGGUUGGACAAAAGAAGAAAUUAAAAAAAGAGAUAACACCAAUACCAGAGGCAGAGGAAGAGGACUCGGAUAACAAUGUCAAAAGAAAGGACAAUAGAAAAAUGAGCAAUGUAAGUAGAACAAGUCGGGCACCGAGCAUAGGAAAACGCGACGAACACAGAUCCAGCAAAAUAAGUCGAAGUGGUAAACUCAGCAGAACACCAAGUGCGGCAGGUUCGACCGCCAGUUACGUAAAUGGAGGAUUUGAAGUCGAUCCGGAGGACUUAUCCAGAGGGACGUCAGCAAGAUCUUCAAUGAAUCAUAGCAUAGUAACGGUAAAAGAACAGUAUUGUUUUUGUAGCAAAUGGAGUACUUGUCAAAAAGCAUCGGCAGUAACAAUUUCUGUAUUAGUUAUAAUAAUUAUAGUGUUAAUAGUAGUAAUUAUAGUAAUUUCCCAAAAUCCUGAUAUUUCUAAUACAGUGAGGGGUUUCGUCCAAUUUCGUUAGAUUUAAAUGUUAUGUUCAAUUAAAUGAACUAUAAUUUUAAUUUGUAACACACAAUCAAGUACCUAUUGUUUUAAGCUUUAGUAAUGAAUAACUAAGUCAAGCAAUAUUUAUCCUUGUUGUUGGUUUUUCAUUAAAAAUUAAAAAUAAUUUAUAAAUUGAUAUAAAUGUUUCCUAAUUACAUUAAUCAUCAUGUUAAGCAUGUACCUUCCUCUUGUUUCCAUGUCAUAAAUGUUCAAAGUAUUUAACAAUAACCUAUUUAUUAUACCUAUGCAAUAUCAAUGUGUAUAUGAUUGUAUUGUGAUAUAAUAUAAUUAGUUAUAAGAUCUCCAAAUUUUAAAAUAAUAUUUUAAAUAAACUUUGACACACUUUUGUUUUA